AUGGAUGAAGGUUUAUUGCAAAUCGACUUACAACAUAUGACACGUAUAAGAGAAAUUCUUGGCAAUAAUGGGCGGUUCCGUUUGAUGACGGACGAAGGGCUUUGUCAGCAGUUGCCGAAGUGGAUAGAACAGUAUUCACCUCAAGAAGAGCUGGAGUUGUCCGAGGUGAACCUUGAGCCGGAGAUUGAAAUCGAAGAAGACACUUUACUCAGUGGAUACGAUACAAAUAUGUCGCUUGAGCCAUCUCUACUUUUGGAUGCGUUCAAUAACUAUGCCAUGGAGUGCCUUCCGUACGACUUCAUGAGUGACCUCGAAUCAAAAAGUAAUAUAACUGUCAAGGGAUAG